AUGGAUAACAUCAACGCCUCGGGUCCCGGCCUGGGAGUCCCUGACGUAGCUUUCAAGCCUCAAGUCCCUUUCGCUCUUCUCGACUUUCUCAUCCCCGGUUUUAGUGUCUUUUCUUCUGCCAUUCAGGCAUACCUCGGUAUCGACCUCAACAUCUACAUUCCCCUCCUCCUCGUCAUCUCUGGAAUCACCUUCGCCUGGACCUACAUCAGCGACUAUGCCUGGGGCAUGAUUGAAAAGUAUCUCAUGUCUGUCGUCCGCAUUCGCACCGACGACGAGAUCUACAAUAUCAUCAUGUCCUGGGUUGCGAGCCAGAAAUUCGCCCGAAGCUCUCGCCGCUUCAUCGUCAACACAAACAUCAACUCUCGAAGUUGGUUCCUCUGGCGUUGGGACGAGGAUGAGGACCAGUAUGAGGAUGGCGACGGUGACGGUUCUCACGGCUCUGCCCCCCGCAAGAAGCCUCUCCAGUACACUCCAUCAUUUGGCACCCACUUCUUCUGGUAUCAAGGUCACCUUCUGCUGUUCGAGCGCCACGAGAACCGCGAACAGUCUGGCUUCCUUGUCGUGAGCGAGCGUGAGGAAAUCUCCAUCUCUUGCUUCGGCCGCAACCCCCGCAUCCUCAAGGAGCUCCUCAUCGAUGCCCGUGCGCAGUACCUGAAGAAGGACGAGAGCAAGACUUUGAUCUACCGCGGUGCCUCUGGCAGCAACGGCGGUGAUCCUACCUGGCAGCGCUGCAUGACCCGUGCCAGUCGUCCCGUUUCCACCGUCAUCCUCAACGAGAAGGUAAAGAAGGACCUCCUUGACGACGUUACCGACUACCUUAACCCAAGCACUCGCCGUUGGUACUCGAACCGUGGUAUCCCCUACCGUCGUGGCUAUCUCCUUUAUGGUCCCCCUGGUACUGGAAAGAGUUCUCUCAGUCUCGCCCUCGCUGGCUUUUUCCGAAUGCGCAUCUACAUGGUCAGCCUGAGUUCCGCCAUGGCAAAUGAGGAGAACCUGGCCUCUCUUUUCGCCGAUCUUCCUCGACGAUGCGUUGUCCUGCUCGAGGAUAUCGAUACCGCCGGUCUUACCCACACUCGUGAAGAGGGCAAGGAGGGCGCCACACAGGAAACUGUCGCAGCCCCUGUCGCUCCGGUUGUCCCUGGAAAGGGCGCUGCUGUCCCUCUCCUCCCUGGUAGACUCUCCCUCUCUGGUCUCCUCAACAUCCUCGAUGGUGUGGCCUCUCAGGAGGGUCGCGUCCUCAUCAUGACCACCAACCACCUCGAGAAGUUGGACAAGGCUCUCAUUCGUCCUGGCCGUGUCGACAUGAUUGUCAAGUUUGGCCUCGCCGACUCUGGCAUGAUUUCUUCCAUCUUCCGCGCCAUCUAUGCCCCUUACGAAGGAGAGAACUCUCCUCAGCCCAAGUCUGACGAACUCGAUCCCGAAGUCGCUCAAAAGAAUGCUGCCUUGGAAGAGAAGGAACGUCUUGAACUCACAGAGCGCAUUGAGGCCCUCGCCGAAAAGUUUGCUGCCGCGCUUCCCGAGCAUGAGUUCAGUCCCGCUGAGAUCCAGGGCUUACUCCUCAAGCACAAGCGGGAUCCUGAGGCUGCCAUCGCGGCUGUGGAUGAGUGGAUAGUCGAGACCCGCAAGGAGAAGAAGCAGAAGGAGAUUGAUGAUGCCGAGAAGAAGCGCAAGGAGGAAGAGAAGGCCCGCAAGGCCGAGGCCAAGAGGGUCCGCAAGGAGGAGCGUCGCAAGGCUCGCAAGAAGAAGGCCAAGGCUAAGCGUCGCAGCAACGGCGAGAGCUCUGGUUCUGAUUCUUCCGAUUCUGAUUCUGAUUCCGAGUCUGAGAAGGAGAACGAGACCAAGAAGGACGAAGCCAAGAAGGACAAGGAUGACAAGGCCGAAAAGGCUGAAGAGAAGAAGGCAGAGGCUGAGAAGCCCAAGGGUGAGCCCAAGGAAGAGCCCAAGAGCGAGGCCAAGGAAGAGACCAAGAAUGAGACCACAGAGGAAACCAAGGAGGAGGCUAAGAAGGAUGACAAGGAGGAUGCUGCAGCCAAGAGACCCAAGGGCACCUCUGAUUCUGGUUAUGACACCCCAGACCAAACCUCAUGA